GUUGCAGGCAACGUCGGAAACCCCUCCAUGACUAUCACGACAAAAUAUCGCGCGAUGUCGGGUGCAAAUUUUGUUUCUCAUGCAGUCUAAGAUGUGCUUGCGGAUCACUCUGAACCAUUCACAUGUCUCCGAGGAUCUGAUAAGAUCCUGAAAUUCUCGACCUUGGUGACAGCGUCACUUAGCCUCUACCAAACGACACCGCUCUUCAAGACGCGCGGCUGCCCCUUGAGAAGAGUUUCACCUACUCGACGCUCUCACAGAAAUGCCCUUACGAUAGCAUUCGCCCUGCCUGUCUAUUCUUUCCGCCCAAAAGAAGACCUCUACUGGUCUAGGUGGUCUGGAUGGCCGCUUUCAAAGAUGAGCUCUCACCUGUGACCGGCCUCGAGAAGGCCGAAGCCAUUCCGCCUCAACCUGAACUCACCGUACCCUCAAGCCAGGGUAUAGAAGCGUUGAAGGACAUUGUCUUUGGGUCAACAGCAGGAAUACUAGGGAAGUUCGUGGAAUACCCUUUCGAUACAGUUAAGGUCCGACUUCAGUCUCAGUCAGACCAUCCUGGAAUCACUCGAUUGCGGGGUCCUCUCGACGCAUUUUCCGCUGCAUUUAAGAGUCCAGAGGGUGCCAUUGUGUCUCUGUAUCGAGGAAUCAGUGCCCCUCUGCUGGGAGCGGCGAUUGAGACAUCGUCACUGUUCUUCAGCUACAGGAUUGCCCAAGAUCUCGUGGUUGCGGCGUCUCCGACACUUCGCGCACAGCGAGACCAACACAAUGGCAAAGUUGAACUUCCAUUCGGCGCCCUACUCGGUUGCGGUGCCGCCUCAGGAGCAUUCACCUCUCUUCUCCUGACACCGAUCGAAUUGAUCAAAUGCAAGAUGCAAGUGCCGAUCGCUCCCUCCCAUCUGGCAUCAAACUUGGGAUAUACUGCAACGAGGCCUCCUGGCCCCAUCGAGUUGAUUCGGUCAGUGUUCCGGAGUCAAGGUGUAUUGGGUUUCUGGCACGGACAAUUGGGCACACUGAUCCGUGAAACGGGCGGGUCAGCCGCCUGGUUUGGUUCUUACGAAGGUGUCAAGAUGCUGUUCCGACAAUACGACACUUCGAUUACUCAAAUUGCAGAUGUCAAGGUCUGGCAACAGAUGGUUGCUGGUGCUGCCGCGGGAAUGUCGUACAAUUUUGUCUUCUAUCCUGCUGACACGAUCAAGUCACGAAUGCAAACCAGUUCAACUGAGGGUGUGGGCAUCAAGAGGAUGACUUUCGCGGCCACUGGAAGGGCUCUCUGGCACGAGCAAGGCCUCACUGGUUUCUAUCGUGGUUGUGGUAUUACCGUCUUCCGGUCGGCCCCUAGCUCGGCCAUAAUCUUCAGCAUCUAUGAGGCCUUGAGACGCUAUUUCGGCUAGACGUUGGCAUGACUUGCCUUUUAAGCGAACAUGCUCGACUCUGGAUGCCCUUUGGAUCUCGUUGAAUGGCCCACGACAGACAUCGCCAUCACCACGUGCGUUGAAAACCCAGACGUGUGGGAGACACCACCCUCAGCAUUUGCUUCAUUUCCGGCUUCGGAUCCUCUUCUCUCUUAUUCGGCGACUUUAGGUGCGACGAGUUGCCGAUUUCCCAGUCAGAAGCACGCACCUUUUGUCCAUCAUUCGGACCCUAGAGAACCGCAUUUCUGGAAAUAUUCAAUAUUAUCGUCGCUCCUCAGUGCAGACGAUUUGCCAUCAAACAUACCAAAAAAUGUGGAAUGAGACUGCUCGGAUGCUCAUACCUCGCUUGUUUAGCAACGUACGUCGCCGAGGUGAAGCCAUUGCAUUCUGGGGACCUUGAGCAUGAGGUCCAAAAAAGUGACGAGAUCUACGGAGCACUUGGAGAUUCAUGUCACCCUUUUCCUCUGGUUUAUCGCGAUCGAGACCUCUUUCUUAUCCACAGACAAGAGACACCUGGUCAGUGGUAUGGGAAUUCUAUCCGAUAUGGGCAAACGGCUAUUGCACUGUUCUCAACAGCUGGUACAUUGGAGAGCUGCCUGAAGCCAGUCUUGACCAUACAGCCAGAGAUUUGUUUGGCCCAAGCACGCAAAACUCGAUCAUUUCUAACGUUUUCAGCAUGCAUUUGCAUUUCAGCCUCAUCGGUGUUUUGGCCUUAUUUCUGAGUGCGCAUUUGAGCAGCAUCACAGACCAUAGAAACGAGAGAGGGAGGGAGCAAAAAGUGGUCGAUAUGAAUUAUGAGCAUAUAGAUGGAGAUAGACUAUAUUCAUUAAUCGAUGUUUCCCUAAACAUGAACGA